ACUCCAUACCUCCUUGGAGCUCCCUACACUUCUCCCUUCAUUGUUCCAGUUGCGUAUAACAGUUUGUGUGAUUACUUAAUUAAUAUCUGUCUCCCCCAUCAGACAGUGAGCUUCAUGAGGACAGGCACCGGUUCGGUCUUAACCUCCAACAGUCGCCCAAACCAAAGCUUGCCCACGGUUAAGUACUCAUUACAUAUUUCUGGAGUGCUGCGUGUCGAGUAGACCCUUUUCCCAUUCUGAGCCUCAGUGCUUUUCCCUCUCCCGUCACCCCCCCAAACACAGACUUUCUCCUGGGAACUGUCAGGGAACCUUGACUCCCCGCCCCUUUCCCUCUUCAGCAGCUGUGGGUGACGCACCCAGGGGCGGGCGCCCCGCCCCACUGCGGACGCUGAUUUGGCCUGGUUGGGCAAGGCCAGGGUUGCCUGGGGGGAGGUUACUCAUCCCGGGCUCAGGUAAGAGGGCCCAGGUUGGGAGGCGGCACACCCAGGGGGAACGCUGAGGGAGCAGGACGGAGCCAUGGACCCUGCCAGGAAAGCAGGCGCCCAGGCAGUGAUCCGGACUACGGGCUGGUUGGUCCUGUUGAUGCUCCUUCUUGGAGGAGGAGCGCAGGCCCUGGAGUGCUACAGCUGCGUGCAGAAAGCAGAUGACGGAUGCUCUCCGCAGAAGACCAAGACAGUGAAGUGCGCGCCGGGCAUGGACGUCUGCACAGAGGCCAUAGGGGCGGUGGAGACCAUCCACGGGCAGUUCUCUGUGGCAGUGCGGGGCUGCGGUUCGGGACUCACGGGCAAGAAUGACCGCGGCCUGGACCUUCACGGGCUACUGGCCUUCAUCCAGCUGCAGCAGUGCUCCCAGGACCGCUGCAACACCAAACUCAACCUCACGUCCCGAGCGCUGAACCCCGCAGGCAAUGAGAGUGCAUACCAGCCCAACGGUGCCGAGUGCUACAGCUGCGUGGGGCUGAGCCGCGAGGCGUGCCAGGGUACGGCGCCGCCCGUCGUGAGCUGCUACAAUGCCAGCGACCGCGUCUACAAGGGCUGCUUCGACGGUAACGUCACCCUGACGGCAGCAAAUGUGACUGUAACCUUGCCUGUUCGGGGCUGUGUCCAGGACGAGUUCUGCACCCGGGAUGUGGUGACAGGCCCAGGGUUCACACUCAGUGGCUCCUGCUGCCAGGGGUCCCGCUGUAACUCGGAUCUCCACAACAAGACCUUUUUCUCUCCUCGAAUCCCACCUCUUGUUCUGCUGCCCGCUCCUAAGCCCACCACUCUGGCCACAACCACCUCCGUCACUACUUCUACCCCAGCCCCAACCACACUCGUCUCUACCAGCAAGCCCACCUCAGCCCCAGCCAGCCAGACUUCUCCACAGGAAGUACAUCCAGAGACCUCCCGGAAAGAGGAAUCUAGCUUGGCUGGAGGCGCCCCUGGCCACCAGGACCGAAGUAAUAUGGGGCAUCACCCUACAAAAGGUGUGGCAUAUAGUAAAGGCUCUGUGACUCCCUUCAUUGGGCUGGUGGCCCCUCUGUUGUCUGUGGCUGCUGGCAACUUACUCUGAGUUUUUCCAUCUAGAAACCAUCUUGCCCUAUUCCCUGGCUCUGGGCGCCCUCUCUUCCCACUACUUCCCUUUCCCGGACUGGACUGGGCUGGCCCAGCCCCCAUUCUUCCAAUCUUCCCCACUCUCCCCAGCUUCUGCUGCACUGGUUUGCGGCUUUGGGAAAUAAAGUUACCGUUGUCUAUAUCCUGCCAGGGUGUCGCAGCUUUUUGAAGGCAGCAAAUGCAUCUCCCUCAUCUCUAUCUCUCUUUCCUGUCCUCAUGGUGCCUAGGACCGAGAAAAGUCAGGGCUGUCUUAGGGAAAAUGGGAGAAACAAUGAUAAGCUUCCUCUUUGCCUUCUUACAGCCAAUCUGGAAUAUGGGGGGUAGAGCAGGGUACUCAUGCGUUCCUCUGCUUGGCUGCUGUCCCUGCCCCCCAUCUCUGUGGCAAUCGUUUGGGCGUCUGACAUCCUUACUAGACUGUGAGCUCCUCAAGGGCAGGGACCGUGCCUUAUGCCCCUGUGUGAUCAGCUUCUGGCACAGAAAGGUCUCAAUAAAAGUUUGGUUCCUUUGUA